AUGUCUGGGAUCCGGGGAGGAUACCGUGACACGGGGUUGCAGGUAACUGGUGUUGAUUCUUCUUGUUCUAAUUCUCCACGCACAGAGGGCGUGAACAAGCCUUCCACGCAGAGAGGGCUUACUGCUGAGCCUUUCCACGCAGAGGAGACAAUACAGGCCGCACGAUUAGAAACCUACCGCACAACGGCUGUACAAACGCCCCCCUCUCCUGACAGCCGUACGAACAAGCAACCGGCCCCCGCCCCGGAGCCAACCUGCUACUCCGCACAACAGCUCGCUCUUCGAGAGCCACCACAACCGCCGUACAAACGCAACCAGAGAUGA